AUGUCAUUAGAAAGUGUGGAAUCAGUUUUACAUUACCUUCCUAAUAAUCCUCUAGCUAGCUAUUUUCAAAAUGGUUGGGAAUUGAUGCUAAAAACAUAUUCCAAAUGGCAAAUUUGUACAUUUGGCUCGUUAUUUGUCCAUGAAAUUCUUUAUUUUGCAAUAUGUCUGCCUGCUUUUCUUUUUCAAUUUAUACCAUUUAUGCAAAGAUUCAAAAUCCAACAAAAUAUAAUUGAAACUAAAGAAGCUCAAAUGAAAUGUUUUAAACUUCUAUUAUUUAAUCAUAUAUGUAUACAAUUUCCUUUGAUUAUGGGGACAUAUUAUUUUGUUGAAUUUUUAAACAUACCUUUAGAAUAUGAAAAAAUGCCACGAUGGUAUAUUAUAGGAUUGCAGGUUAUAGGGUGUGCUAUUAUUGAAGAUACUUGGCAUUAUUUUUUGCACAGAAUGAUGCACCAUAGAAAACUUUAUAAAUAUGUUCAUAAAUUACAUCAUACUUUUAAUGCUCCUUUUGGUAUGGUAGCUGAAUAUGCCCAUCCUGUUGAAACUUUAGUUUUAGGUAUGGGAUUUUUCAUAGGUAUUCUCACUUUCACAACUCAUAUGAUAUUGCUUUGGAUCUGGGUUUUGUUUAGACUCCUGGAAACCAUUGAUGUACACAGUGGUUAUGAUAUUUGGUUUUUAAACCCAUUUCAUUUGUUACCUGGUUAUGCUGGGGUUCGCUUUCACGAUUUCCAUCACAUGAAUUUUGUUGGAAACUAUUCAUCCACGUUUGUUUGGUGGGAUAAAUUAUUCGGAACAGAUUCUCAGUACAACAGGUUCAAGGAAAAGCAGCGACUACAGAGCUCAAAUAAAGAUUAUGACGAAUGCUCCCAAAAUUUUACAUCAAAUGCGAAUAACGGGAGGGUCGAAAGCGGAUAUUUUAAAGGAGAUUGCACUAGAAAAGGACUAUAAGAUGUCAAGAGCGAGCGAUUUAAGCUAACGCUUAAAUAUCUUUCAAUACGUUUUUAAAUAGCUCGAUUGUAUUUUUUCUAUUUUUUGACCAUGUUUACUGCGAUUAAUCAUAACUAAGUCCUUAAAUUCAUCAGAAUAUUUUAUAUAUAUAUAUAAUAUGCAAAUCCGAUUUUUUUUGCAUUUAAUAUUUUGAUAUCUUUUAAUGCAAACAUAUUUCCAAAUAAUUUGCACUCUCUCUCAUAUUAUACAAACCUUAGUGAAUGAUUUAUAAAGAAAAUAUUUAACUCAAAAUCUUCCUUAGCUGCACAUUUUUUUUUUGUGAAUGAAAUUUUAUAUUUUUACACGAUUUGAUAUUAUUGAAUAAUUAUUUUAUAAAAUAUAAAUAAUUUUUUUUUAAAUCCAUGAUAUUAGCAAAACAGUUGAUAUUUAAGAAAAAAUUUCCAAAAUUAUUAAGUGUGAUAAAGA